AUGGACACGAGCGGCAACUCGCUGCCGUCCCCGUCGUGCCCCGACGGCAAGAAGCGGGAGGUGUGCUACUACUACGACGCCGGCAUCGCCAACGUCGACUACGGCGAGGACCACAACAUGGUGCCCCGCCGAGUCGACAUGGCGCACGCGCUCGUCCGCUCCUACGGCCUGCUCCACGACAUGAAACGCCUUCUCACGAGGCCCGCCAGCGACGCGGAGAUUAGGAUCUUCCAUGAGGCGGACUACCGCUACGCCGGCGGGUCGCUGGCCGCGGCGCGCGCGCUCGGCAGCGGCAAAGCCGACAUCGCCAUCAACUGGUCCGGCGGCAUGCACCACGCGUGCGAAGCGGAGGCCAGCGGCUUCUGCUUCGUCAACGACAUCGUGCUCGCCAUAAGGCGCUCCUCAAGUACUUACGUCGACAUCGACGUGCACCACGGCGACGGCGUCGAGACGGCCUUCCUCGACUCCAACCAGGUGAUGACAGUGUCGUUCCACCAGCGCACCAAAAAAUUCUUCCCGGAGGAAAGGGGAUACGUGAGCCACGUCGGCGAAGGGGCCGGUCAGUACCGUGCCUUGAACGUUGCGCUGAUGGAGGGCGUGGCCGACGAGGGGUACUGCGAGAUGUUCAAAACCAUCAUGAAAAGGGUCGUCGACGUGUUCCAGGCUUCCAGCCGGAGGCCAUCGUGA